AGAAAAACAAUUUGUAAAUUUUUUGGAUUUGAAAGCUUGCAUCAGGACGAUGAUUUUAGCCUAAUGAAAAACGCAUGCGCUUAUCCUGUGAGUUUAGUUCCAACUUUCCAGUCUCUUACAAGCAUGAGAUGGAUCUCAAUUUCGAGUCUUCAUCUAUGCCUAGAAAAUCACCUUUCACUCCAGGCGGCCCAUCCUGUACUUGAGCAAGUUCCUCCCAAGGUUCCAUUCAUCAUUGGUGUUGCUGGCGGAACAGCAUCUGGAAAAACGGAGGUUUGCAGCACCAUAAUCUCAGAGUUUCACAAACAGCGCGUUGUUCUGAUCAAUCAGGAAUCAUUUUAUCGUCCAUUGAACGAUGAGCAAUUGCAGAGAGUACAUGAUUACAACUUCGACCAUCCGGAUGCCUUUGAUAUGGAGCUUCUUCUUUCAAGCUUAGAGACGUUAAGAUGUGGACAAGCAAUUAGCAUUGCUAAUUACGAUUUGAAGAGUCACAAUUGCAUCCAGCCAUCGCGCAUGGUGCAACCAUCUGAUGUGAUCAUACUAGAAGGAAUUCUACUUUUUCAUGACCCUCGUAUACGCAAUCUACUAAACAUGAAGUUAUUUGUUGAUACAGAUUCCGAUGUGCGUCUUAUAAGAAGGAUUCAACGUGAUACUAUAGAAUGGGGAAGAAAUGUUCGGAGCGUGCUUGACCAAUAUGACAAAUUUGUGAAACCUGGUUUUGAGGAGUUUAUUCUUCCAACCAAGAAAUAUGCCGAUAUUAUAAUCCCCCGGGGAGCAGAGAACAAUGUUGCAAUAGACUUGAUAUUACAGCACAUCCGCACAAAGCUCGGUCAAAAUGAACUUUGCAAGAUCUAUCCAAACGUGUUCAUUAUAAACUCAACAUAUCAGAUUCGAGGGAUGCACACGCUAAUACGUGAUGCCAAUACAGCAAAACAUAAUUUUGUAUUUUAUGCAGACCGCCUUAUUCGGAUGGUUGUGGAACAUGGUCUAGGACACCUUCCAUUUACAGAAAAACAGGUCACUACUCCUACAGGGUCUGUUUACACUGGGGUGGUUUUUUGCAGAAGUCUUUGUGGGGUAUCAGUCAUCAGAAGUGGGGAGAGCAUGGAGAAUGCCCUUCGGGUGUGUUGCAAAGGGAUAAAAAUUGGGAAAAUUUUGAUACUUGGAGAGGGUAAAUGUGGCCGGCAGUUGAUUUAUGAGAAGCUACCAUUAGAUAUUGCGAGCCGUCAUGUCUUCUUGCUUGAUCCUGUUCUCGCUUCAGGAAAUUCUGCAGUAAAAGCUAUAUCUGUGCUUAUUAGCAAAGGAGUUGAAGAGUCCAACAUCAUUUUCUUAAAUCUAAUAUCUGCACCUCAAGGGUUGCGAGAAGUAUGUGAAAGAUUUCCGAGGGUGAAAAUAGUGACAUCAGAGAUCGACAGGUCACUGAACAAGGAUUUACAUGUGAUUCCAGGCAUGGGUGAUUUUGGGGAUCGUUACUUUGGCACCGUUAGCGCCACUGUCACUAAUGACAAUCCUAAAAGUUAGACUCUCUGGCAAGUCUCCGACCUCUCUGGAGAUCCCUUUUUUGUACUUCGGCCCUUAAAGAAAUAAAUGUCUUAGUUUGUUUUUCAUGAAAAUUAAAGAUCAAUUAUAAUCAAAUUGUAUUACAUAG